CUGUAAAUAGCUGCGCCCUUGGAGACAGCCAUACACCGCUCAUUCCUCCCUUGGCAAGUUCCCCGAACCCAUCCUGUUCAGUUUAGACAGCGGCACAUAGUGCGCAGUUCCCUUAGACCGAGUGCACAGCACAUCCCAGUCAGUCCUCCUCCUCCCUCUCUUUCAUUCACACCAGGAUGGAUCGACCCUCCUAGCAGAGCAGAAGUCCACUACAGUACUUGGCAAGUGGGUUUUUUAUUUAGGAGUGGAGCAGGAGCUAAAACACACGUUUCGUUUGACAAGAUUUCCGUCAUCUCUGCGCAUCAACUUGACUGUCGCAAACCUACAUGAUGACAGUAACCGGGCUACAUUCACGCGUUACGCUUCUGCUCUGCUUCAUCUCCACCGCAGCGUGCAAUACGUUUGCGUUCACCGAGGAGCCCUCCGAGAGAGCCGGGAAGGCGGACGGCUACUGUAGUCGGAUAAUACGGGCUCAGAGCAAUCGGAAGGAGGGCAACAACGAAUUUCGCCUCCGCGUUGAGGGAGACCCGGAGAGCUAUCAGCCAGGGAGCACAUAUAGAGUGACUGUGAUUGCAUCCAGCCCCUCUUACUUCAGAGGGUUCACCCUUAUUGCCCUGAAGGAGGGUGCAGAAGGAGACAAGGACGAGGACUACGCUGGAAAUUUCCAGAUAAUUGAUGAGGAGGAAACACAGUUUAUGACCAACUGCCCCCCUGCAGUGACAGAGAGCACCCCUCGCAGGCGCACCAGCAUCCAGGUGUUUUGGACUGCUCCCCCUAGUGGCUCCGGCUGCGUUAUGCUCAAGGUAAGCAUUGUGCAAAAGAGGAUAAUCUAUUUCCAGGAUGAAGGCUCACUCACCAAGCGAAUGUGUGAGAAAGAAUUCGCAUAUGGAGAUGUUACAGAUAAACCUCUCCUCGACUGCUGUGCCUGUGGAACAGCGAAGUACAGAGUCACCUUCUAUGGGAACUGGUCAGAGAAGAUUCAUCCCAAAGACUAUCCCCGUCGUGCCAAUCACUGGUCAGCCAUCAUUGGUGCGUCCCAUUCUAAGAACUACGUGCUGUGGGAAUAUGGUGGCUUUGCCAGCGAAGGCGUGAAACAGGUGGCUGAACUAGGCUCCCCUGUCAAAAUGGAGGAGGAGAUCAGACAGAAGGGUGAUGAGGUCCUGACAGUCAUCAAAAUGAAAGCCCAGUGGCCAGCCUGGCAACCACUGAAUGUUGAUCUGAUACACUCAGACUUCACUCUGUUCCUCAGGCGCGCCGCUCCGUCAGCUGAAUUCUCAGUGGACCGGACCCGUCACCUCAUGUCCUUCCUGACCAUGUUGGGGCCCAGUCCAGACUGGAAUGUGGGUUUAUCUGCUGAGGACUUGUGUACCAAGGAGUGUGGCUGGGCCCAGAAGGUGGUCCAGGACCUCAUCCCUUGGGAUGCAGGCACUGACAGUGGGGUGACAUACGAGUCUCCCAACAAGCCCACUGCGCCCCAGGACAAGAUCCGUCCCCUGACAAGUCUGGAUCAUCCACAGAGCCCUUUUUAUGAUCCUGAGGGGGGCGCCAUCACUCCUGUGGCCAGGGUGGUGGUGGAACGCAUUGCCAGAAAGGGCGAACAGUGCAACAUUGUGCCAGACAAUGUGGAUGACAUUGUAGCAGAUAUUGCCCAGGAAGAGAAAGAGGAAGAUGAUACUCCUGAGACAUGUAUCUACUCCAACUGGUCUCCCUGGUCCGCCUGCAGCUCAGCCACUUGUGAAAAGGGCAAACGGAUGAGACAGAGGAUGCUGAAGGCCCAGCUGGACCUUAGUGUUCCCUGCCCACACACGCAGGAUUUUGAGCCUUGCAUGGGACCUGGAUGCAGUGAUGAGGAUGCUUCCACAUGUAUGAUGUCAGAAUGGAUCACCUGGUCUCCAUGUAGUGCGUCCUGUGGAAUGGGCGCACGUUCCCGGGAGCGUUACGUUAAGCAGUUCCCUGAAGAUGGCUCAGUGUGCACCCUGCCCACAGAGGAGACAGAAAACUGUGUGGUUAAUGAGGAAUGCUCUCCCAGCAGCUGCCUCGUCACAGAGUGGGGUGAAUGGGAUGUCUGCAGUGCCACUUGUGGACUUGGCAUGAAGAGGAGAGAGCGCAUGGUGAAGAUGCCUCCUGCAGAUGGCUCCAUUUGUGGGGCAGAGGUGCUAGAAGUGGAGAAGUGCAUGAUGCCAGAAUGUCACACUAUUCCCUGCAUGUUGACUCCCUGGUCUGACUGGAGUGACUGCAGCGUGACUUGCGGGAAGGGUCUGCGGACACGACAACGCAUGCUCAAGUCCCCAGUGGAGCUGGGAGAGUGUACAGAAGAGUUAGAACAGGUGGAAAAGUGCAUGCUACCAGAGUGUCCCAUAGACUGUGUCAUGUCAGAGUGGACCGAGUGGUCAGAGUGCAAUAAGUCCUGUGGGAAGGGUCAUACAAUUCGGACGCGUAUGGUGAAGCUGGAGCCUCAGUUUGGAGGAGACCCCUGUCCUGAAACCAUCCAGAGAAAGAAGUGUAAGAUCAGGAAGUGCAACCGAGGACAAGCUAGCAGUGAUGAGAAGAAAAGACGCAAAGAACAACGUGAGAAGAGGAGGAGCAAACAGGGCAGAGCUGACGUUGCCUCUGAGCACCCAGGAUGUAAAAUGAGACCAUGGUCGAGCUGGACAGAAUGUACCAAGCUGUGUGGUGGAGGUAUUCAAGAGCGACUCAUGAUGGUGAAGCAGAGGUUUAAGACUGCCCAGCUGUCCAGCUGCAAGGAGAGAAAGGAGAUCAGAGCUUGUAAUGUGCACCCAUGCUAGGAAGGAAUAGAGGAAGGGAAUGGUGUGCACAGGAGGAGGGGGUGAGGAAUAGUGGAGCUGAGAACAGGAUCAGGCAUGGCACACUGUUGCACAAUGAUCCAAUGCACUCUGUUUAGGGCUUAAAUGGCACAUACUUGAAUCUGUGUUGGAUAAAUCCAGAGCUCAGGUCAGCUGUGGUCAGGAGAAGAUGAACAUCUCUCUGGGAAAAACUCUGGAUUUAAACUAGGCCGAUUCUUCUGUGCUUUCAAACUUACUUUUUGCAAGAUAACUAUAAACUUGUGGUAUAAUAACUUGAAAAAUAUAAUUAGGAAAUACAAAUUGAUUUAUUAAUAAGAUAAAGAACUGUUGUAUCUUGUGGUAUCCUUACACAGUACAGUAUAUUCUAGACCUUAAAGCACAGGUGCCCAACCAUUCCAGUGUUUUAUAUGCAUUCAAUUGUUCAGUUGUUUCUAGGACACAAAAUGCCCAGUUGACUUUUUACCCAGCUAUAUUGUUGUACACGUAGAUGCAGCACAAAUGAGAUCAAUGUGAUUUGGAGCAUUAUUAGAAAACUGUUAUUUUUUUGCUGUGGAAUUUUUUCAUAAGAAUGUGUCCCAAGAUUCUUACCAAAGUCUUGUGUCGAUGUUUUCUAGAUGUCUUCCCGUCUGUUUCUUUAUCUCUAUUCCUCUAACAUAAUAUUUUGGAAUAAUAUCACGUUUACAAUAAAAGUA